AUGGCAUGUUGUGGGGCUUUAGUAGAAGCGAAGGACCAAAUCUUCAUCACGGCUUUCAAGCUCUCACCUGAUUUACGUAUUCGUCCGGGCUCGGAGCUGGAGCUCAAGGAUGUAUUGCUCAGCAAAGCAAGAGACGGGGUCCAUAUUUACGUCUUGAUUUACCGAGGAGUUCCCUUGAUACAAGAUAUGGGAGCCAUCACCGUCCAAAAAACACUGCAUUCAUUGCACGAGAACAUACACGUAAUGUGUCAUCCAAAAAUAGCAUUUAAUCGCCGUGGAAUCAUGUGGUCUCACCAUGAAAAAUUGGUCGUCAUAGAUCAAAGUGAGGUCUUUUUGGGAGGUAUUGAUCUAACAUACGGACGGAGAGACGAUCACCAUCACCUCGUUCGGGAUAAUAAAAUGUCUGAUAUCACCUCAGAAGCUCAUCCUUAUUACACGGCCAGAAUGCCUUGGCACGAUGUUCACAUGAACAUCACCGGAGAAGUGGCACGCGAUUUCACGAGGCAUUUCAUAGAGAGGUGGAACUACGUUCGACGUGAUCUUCGACUGAGGAAUUCGAAGCAAUUUCCGGUCCUCUGCCCACUGCCGGAAAUGACCAAUUCACACAUAAAAGGAUGUUAUCAGAGAGAAGUCCGCGUCGAUAGCCAGGAGAGUAGUGAACCGACAAACCCAGUGACUUAGCUUAUUUUCGAUCGUAUAAUCAGAGCGCACAAGAAACAGGAAACCUUCAAGGUUUUCCUCGUGAUUCCAUUGCUUUCUGAUAUGCCAGGAUAGCUGGGCACUGAGACUUGCACUUCUCAAAAAGCUUUGCUAAGAUGGACUCACGCUUCCCUGAGUAAAUCUCCGUGCUCCAUCAUUGGAAGACUUCGGAGUGCCGGCGUCACUCGAUGGCAAGACUAUUUGUCAGUCUGCAGUCUGAGGCAAUUUGGGAUGCUUAAUGGAGUCCCCAUAACGGAAAUAGUUUAUAUCCAUUCUAAGCUGAUGAUUGUUGACGAUAUGAUUUGCAUCUUGGGCUCGGCCAAUAUUAAUGACCGUAGUUUGCUAGGCGACAGAGACUCCGAGCUGUGCGUCGUUCUGCAAGAUGAUCGCAGGACUGAAAAAAGUUUCUAGGGACUGAAAAGAACUUAUUUCAACACCGGUGACUUCACUACGCAAGCCUCUCAAGCAUCGGUGGGAUUUUCUUCGGACUCAGAAGAUAGUCUCCAAAGUACUGUUGGCGAUUUAGAACAAGACAAAACAUUGAACACCGU